GCGCCGAAGGGGCGCGCGGGUUAAGUGGGAGGUGGGAGUGAUCGACUUUUCGGCUCCCCGCGCUGGGGCUCGGACCUAAACCCAGGGGGUUACGGAGGCCGGGGAGCCCACACCAGGAAGGCAGAAGGGGCGGGAGCCCCUCAGGGGAGGGAUCUGACCGGCUGUCCACAUCCAGGCAGAGGGGGCGCCCUGCUCAGGCAGCCCCACACCGAGGCGAACCACCUCGCGACCCCAGGGCGCGACAGGGAGGAUGACUACGCUUACGCGACAGGACCUCAACUUUGGCCAAGUGGUGGCCAACAUGCUCUGCGAGUUCUUGGAGGUGGCCGUGCACCUGAUCCUGUACGUGCGCGAGGUCUACCCGGUAGGCAUCUUCCAGAAGCGCAAGAAGUACAACGUACCGGUGCAGAUGUCCUGCCAUCCUGAGCUGAAUCAGUACAUCCAGGACACACUGCACUGCGUCAAGCCACUUCUGGAAAAGAACGAUGUAGAAAAGGUGGUGGUGGUGAUUUUGGAUAAAGAGCAUCGACCAGUGGAGAAGUUCGUCUUUGAGAUCACCCAGCCUCCCUUGCUGUCUAUCAGCUCUGACUCUUUGCUAUCCCACGUGGAACAGCUGCUCCGAGCCUUCAUCCUGAAGAUCAGUGUGUGUGAUGCUGUCCUGGACCACAAUCCCCCAGGCUGCACCUUCACUGUCCUGGUGCAUACAAGAGAAGCUGCCACUCGAAACAUGGAGAAGAUUCAGGUCAUCAAGGACUUCUCGUGGAUCCUGGCAGAUGAGCAGGACGUCCACAUGCAUGACCCCAGGCUGAUACCCGUAAAAACCAUGACGUCAGACAUCUUAAAGAUGCAGCUCUAUGUGGAAGAGCAAGCUCAUAAAAGCAGCUGAGGAGGAGCCUGCACGUGCCAAUGAUGCCACAACUGUCAGACUGGGGACC